CCGGCAUCUCCCCUCCGAGGUCGUCGUCCAUUGUGUCCGUCCGCCCGUCCCCCCCUGCGCGUGUCAACCGUGCAGUUCAUGGAGCUGUAGAUCAGACGUCGCGCAGGUAGCAGAUAAUCGGCGGGAGAACAGAGCCAGCUCGCUUCCGGAGCCAUCAGCCUUCUGACUGACACAAACAAAAUCACCCAGAUACCCAACAGCAGCACGCAUGCUGCGCUCUGCAGAUCUCCGAGGGAGCGCGCCACCAAAAUAACCAGUCUUAAUCGGGAGGAUGUGCGCGAAAACGAAACAAGCGACCGCCGGAGACCCGAUCCAUACCUGACAUGGACGCUGAUGACGAUUUCUGGCCUCACACCUGAUCGCGGGCGGCCGCAAUGAUCUGUAGUCCGAACAAGCUGAAUUGAAGAUUGCAGAGAAGUGAAGUUUGCCUUCUCAUGAACUUGAUACUGUGGCUUUACUGUAAAAGCGAGAACACACGCCUUGCUCUGUCUCUCUACUUCCCCACACUCCUCCUCCCUGUGAUGUCGAUCCCAAUAGCGGGAAUUUUUGCUGUCCGAUACGUCUCUGCGAUAUGUACGGCAGCGGUUUUCUACGACCACCUCCUCACGGCAGACGACGAGAUAGAGUUCAUCUGGCUCAACAAGGCAGUUCCGCUCCUCGACCGGUUUGGAUUCUUUGUGAAUCGGUACUUGACGGAGGCGAUUGGGAUUUACGUCGCGUCGUGUGCGUGGCCUUCUCCUAUUGCUCUGCCUGGCCCAAAUUGACAGGUUCCGACCAUGGCGUAGUGUACAGCGGGGCCGGGUUUGGAAAUACAGACGAGAAGUGAUCCAACUCAGUAUCGUGCGCGAUCCCGGUGCUGACGACGGACGUGGACGCUCUUGAUAAGAUGCUUCGCCUCGAUUUGGAUCUUCGGCAUGGCCUCGACCGUCUUCAACAGCUUCGCACAUUUCGUGAUCGUGAUGCGGGUGUACCGCCUUUGGGAUCGCCGCAAGGAGAUCAAAUGGAUUCUCAUCGUCGCAUUCACGACUGCGAUGUCCGUCGCCGCGGCCUUCGCUGUGCUAUCCCUCCGGCAGCUUGACCGCACUAUGACGUUCACCCCGGCGCUGGAUAUGUGCACGAUCUCCACAAAGCCGGAGUCCCUCAAGUUCUGUCUUGCUGCCUUGACCGCUUUUGACUUGUUUAUCAUCGUGAUGACGAUCUUUAACGCCUUGGACCGUCCGCAUAGACACCAGGCGGAUGUAAUGACGGCACUGCAAAAUGACGGGGCGCGUAUGUUCGUGGUGAUGUCUAUUCCGUGCGCCAAACGUACUGAAGAUUGCAACCGUUUUGUUGACCUACCCAUCCAUCUAGUGCUACGUCUGACCAGUUUGAUAAUAUCUAUCGUUGGCGACAACACUUCAUUCUUCCCUGCGCUCCUGUACGUCCUGCCAGGCAUGAGGAUGUACAAUGUGCUUUACCUCAGAUAGUGUGUCCUGGUUCAUGUGUUCCAUCGUCAAUUCGCGGAUCCAGCUACGCGUGGAAGGCCUUCGCUUCGUGCAAUUCACAAGGGCGUUCGAUACUAGUUUCCUGGAGCUGCAUGACUUUUAGACAACAGAAGUGGAUUACUUGGCAGCGAUAAGUCAGAAAUCUGUCUAUUAGGUUUAUCUGCUGUUGUAUCAUAUAACACACUUACCA